AUGGACCACGACAACGACCCUGCACUACGUUUGUUCGAUGACCAAGAUGGAAGACAUGACUCAGCUGCAUCAUUUGUACCGAAACAAAACGGUGGUUCACAUAAACCUGUAAACUUGGAGCAGAGACUUGAGGAAAUGCAAGCUGAAAUUCGAGCUACUCAUAAAAUGAUGAAAGACUUGAGCGCGUUCGUGCAUCGACAACUCCAGACAUCAACUCAUUCGAAACACCGUAGCAGAAGUCUAAGUGAAAGCGUCUCUCCUUCAAACUUCCCAGUACUAGGCAAAGGUCCGUCACUUCGAUCUCUGCCAGCGAACGGAAUUGCUCCCAUGAGCUUGUUACCGUCCGAUCCCCCUGGUACAGUUGACACUUCGUCAAGUUUUCGCACGGAGACGAGGGCAGGGACACAAACGGACCCUCAAAUUAGUCGAGUUGAUACUCUACAGCCAGACCCAGAAUCGGUUCUUGGUAAUCCGCCAGUACCACCUCCUGCAUCGAAGAAAAAAAGUAUCGGUCUUGCUGUCUUGAAACCGGAAUUCACAGCACUCCGGAAGUCCCUGAUCCGAGCACAAGACAGUCGGAAAAGUAAACCUGAUGCUUCGAAAGAGGCAACUACAGCCACGGCAUCCAAUGCGAUUGUCCCUAUCUCUACGAUCCAGCCACAAAGAAAUCUUAAUGACGAGUCUUUGGUACUUGUAAACAAGGAUACGGACGCGAAAGUCGUCACGCGGCGCUUCUCAAUUACUUCAACUUUGGUCACCCAGGUCCACACUAAAAACCGGCUAAAAAGUAUGUUUGCUAAAGGACAACGCAUGGAUGCCACAGUCUCACCUGAGGACAUUCUGUCAGCUCGAAAUCUCGAAGGAGAACUGGGUCGAUUCACACUAUAUCACGACUCUCCGUAUCGUUAUGCUUGGGACUUAUUGAUCAUGGCUAUGAUCCUCCUCGAUGUUAUCUUAACACCCCUAUCGCUUGGCUUUAACUUCACGCCGCCCUUUAUGAAUGGUUUGAAUAUUUGUGGAACGAUUCUUUUCGUGAUCGACUUUAUUGUCCACAUUUUUUCCUCCUACACUGAUGAACGCGGUGAUCUCAUCUCGGGACCCAAGCGAACGGCAGCGAAUUAUUUACUAAGUGGUUGGGCGAUUCCCGACUUCCUUAGCUGGUUCCCGUUCGAGCUCUUUGCGUCAUCUAGUAAAGGUCGAGUUCUCAGCUUUACGAAAAUCUUUCGACUUGCCAAAGUGAGCCAGUUAGCUCGAAAAUUUAACUCUGCGAAGAAGGCGGGGAUCCUGAGAUUUAUCUUGUUACUGUGCAUCGUUCUGACUGUAAUUCAUCUAUUGGCUUGCUACUGGAGCUGGGUGGCUCAAGGCUGGCGUGCACACCUAGAAGAGAACACGUUUGUACCCCGAUCUUUGUUCGACGAGUACACAUUAUGCUGGUCUCUGGUUGUCGGGUGCUUAAACGCAAGUCCACCUCCAAUGUUCACCGCUAUUGAACAGAUCUCCGUCGCUUGUUUCAUGCUGACCGGCAACAUUCUUCAAGCCAGCGUCUUCGGUUCCGUUGCGGUGCUCAUUUCAUCGUUUGACGAAGAUGAAACAGCGUACAACAAGAAGCUUAUCUCGACGUCAGAACGCUGUCGGUUCUUGGGUAUUUCGGACGAAUUGACCAAGCGAAUUCGCGGAUACUAUGAGAAUUUAUGGCGAGAAACGAAGAGUGUCAACAGUGACGCAGAUUCCUUUAUCAACGAGCUUUCCCCUGCUCUAAUCUGCGAAGUCAAAUUUCAGUUAUAUCGCGAUAUGCUCAAGCAGAUCCCUUUUCUUUCUGCUAAGACUCUGGCUCCAGCAGUGAUCGAGAUGCUGAUUUUGCACUUACGGACGGUCAUUUACAUGCAAGACGACGUGUUGAUUCGCAAAGGGGAAUUUGGUGACUGGAUGGGCUUUAUUGGCUCCAAAGGUUCUGUUGGUGUGCUUGAUCCGAGCAGCGACACUCGCAAGAUUAUUCGAAUCCUGCGCAAAGGAGAUUAUUUCGGCGAGAUGGCGCUACUGCAAAGGGCUAAACGAUCCACGACGGCUGUUGCGUUGACGUGGGUGCAAAUCCACGUAUUGUGUCGUAAUGAUCUUGAUAGUGUGAAGGAACAGUAUCCGACCCAGACGGAGAUCCUCGAACGGGAGAUCAACAAGUACAUGCAGUCUAAGGUUCGCUAUAAGUAG